UGUCACUGUUAUGGUCCUGUCAGGACGCCGGCGUCGUGGUUCUUGGGCGGUCGCCACCGAGAGGACUUUGGUGGGCAGUCUCUGGGGCAACCCUGCGGCCCGCUGUGCUCGUCGCAGGCCUAGCUUCCAGCCCGCACCUCCUGUCUCACGGGCCGCACCGUAGGGCGCGCGUGGGGGUCGGCGCGGUGGCCGCCUUCGGGCCUGGGCCCAGCCGCAGCCUUCUUUACCGCCGCCGGCUCCGACGGGCCGCGAGAUGCAGCCGCCGGGCCCGCCCCCGGCGUAUUCCCCCACUAACGGGGACUUCACCUUUGUCUCCUCAGCUGACGCGGAAGAGCUCAGUGGUUCAAUAGCAGCACCAGAUGUCAAAUUAAACCUUGGUGGAGAUUUUAUCAAAGAAUCUACAGCUACUACAUUUCUGAGACAAAGAGGAUAUGGCUGGCUAUUGGAAGUUGAAGAUGAUGAUCCUGAAGAUAAUAAGCCACUCUUGGAGGAAUUGGAUAUCGAUCUAAAGGAUAUUUACUACAAAAUCCGAUGUGUUUUGAUGCCAAUGCCAUCACUUGGUUUUAAUAGACAAGUGGUGAGAGACAAUCCUGACUUUUGGGGUCCUCUGGCUGUUGUUCUGUUCUUUUCCAUGAUAUCAUUAUAUGGACAAUUUAGGGUGGUCUCAUGGAUUAUAACCAUUUGGAUAUUUGGUUCACUAACAAUUUUCUUACUGGCCAGAGUUCUUGGUGGAGAAGUUGCAUAUGGCCAAGUUCUUGGAGUUAUAGGAUAUUCAUUACUUCCUCUCAUUGUAAUAGCCCCUAUACUUUUGGUGGUUGGAUCAUUUGAAGUGGUAUCUACACUUAUAAAACUCUUUGGUGUGUUUUGGGCUGCCUACAGUGCUGCUUCAUUGUUAGUGGGUGAAGAAUUCAAGACCAAAAAGCCUCUCCUGAUUUAUCCAAUCUUUUUAUUAUACAUUUAUUUUUUGUCCUUAUAUACUGGGGUGUGAUCUAUAUCAUAUAUGAGUAGAAAAAGACAAUUACAUUUUUGUGAAAGCUGGGAAUUCUUGCUGAAGGGAUUGAAGAAAAGCUGUUGCUGGUAAAAUUUUACAUGUUCCAGAUGUAAAGACAGGUUUGAGGGGUUUUUUUAAAUAAUUUUUUUUUUUUUUUUUUUUUGUAUUUAAGCAGUUGUAGUUAUCUGGAUUGGUCAGAAUUCUAAAUUCUGUUUGAUUCCUCAUAUUCUAGUAAAUAAAAUAUAAAAGCAUUAUGUUUUUAA